AUGCCCAACCGUGUGCCCUCCGAAGAGCUUCCGAUCUUGGAGCAGCUUGUCAGCAUCAAGAAUCGACUCAAUGCAUUGAAACGCGAUCGUUCCAGUUAUCUCAAGACGCAAGAUAUUAUUCCAUUGAAGGAGGAGACCGAGGAACAGAUUGAAAAACUAAGCAGCUUUCGUGGUGGCGACCUUCUUCCCAAAGGCGUCGAGCCAACACGCACCGACCAAGUACUCGAUGAAGUGUGCCAGCUAUUAAGUUUGUCAUUCUUGAGUUUGGGGAAGACGAGAGAAACUCCUGCUGUGUAUUCGCAAGUGGUCGCCAUCAAGCAAUGCUUUGAUCGUUUAGAGGACUUUGGUAUCUAUGCAGAGGAAUUCCUGGAACCUUACGAGCGCAAGUUGCAUGAGAUACAAAAUAUCCUGGAAAUUGACAGCCGUGAAAAUGUUUUACCGGAGUCGGCUUUGAAAGUUGUCACUGCCCGAUUCAACCAAUGCAAUCGUAUUUACCAGAAAUUACUUGACACAAUCCAUGAAGUUUCUCCCGAAUUGGUGCCCACUCGCAAUCAGCUGUUACGUGUACGACGACAUUUGGUGACCAUUGCAUGCCGGCGCAAAUUUCACUCGAGCGAUAUCAUGGCUGCUCAACGUGAACUUCAUGAGAUUGAUGAUAAGCGAGUCGAUGGCAAAUUCCUUGACAAGGAUGGCAACAUCCCUGCUGGCCAAGCUGUCGUUGUUGGUUUACUGGAGCAAAUCUACGAGUACGCCCAUGAUCUUAAUGUGGUAACAAGCGCCUCCUUUUCGCCUGCUUUGCAAACGAUCCGUGAACGCCUCGUUGAAAUCAAGACACAACUUGAACGACUUGAACUCACGCACAAAUGGACGCUGCGUCAGACGGACCUGUUCAGCUAUCAGCAUCAACUCCAAGACAUUGUCUCGAUGCGGUGCAGUGAUGAUGAUGAGGACGUGAAUAAGCGAGGCAAGUUCUUGGAUGAAAAUGGUGACGCACCCGAAGGUCAAACGGUGCUUUUGUUCCUCUUGCAAAAGUGCUAUCGCAUGAUCCUUAUCCUGCUGAGCGAGAGCGUACCAGUAUCUGAAGCCUUGACACCUAUUUACAAUCAAUUACAAACCGUCAAGCAAUGUCUUUUAGCUGUCAGGAAUACUGGAGCACCUUGUUCUCCCGAAGAAUUAUAUCCAUAUCAAAUGAAACUCACCAGCAUCGACAACUUGCGCAAAGAUGGCAAGUUCCAUGAUGAUGAAGGGAACGUCCCUGAAGGUCAAGCCAUGUGUGUAUCCACUCUCGAGGAAUGUUAUGGUUUAUUAGAAGAGUUACGACAACGUGAGGACAAUAGCGAAGAUCAAUCAUCCUAG